GAAAUUAUUCAGUUCAUUUAUGUUUCUUUCGGCAAUCUUUGCGACAGUGCUGUCAAUUUGGAAACCCAUAGUUAACGCGUUUGUACUGAUGGGUAUGGGCGUGCCAACAAUGCUAAUGAUGUAUCGACAGUUACAAAGAGUGCGAGAUCAGCGCGUUUAUCGAUUGGGCUUGCGUUGUACGGCCGUUUGGCUUGUGGCCGUCUUCUGUUGGAUCAACGAUCGUAUGUUCUGCGAUGCAUGGUCAGCAAUUAAUUUUCCGUAUCUGCAUGGUUUCUGGCAUGUUUUCAUAUUUAUCGCCGCUUAUACCGUUUUGGUUCUAUAUGCGUACUUCUACGUCGAAACCGAGCUGCCACAACGACAACCGCUGCUAAAAUAUUGGCCUAAAAAUGAUUUCGAAUUUGGCAUACCAUUCAUCUGUAUACGAAAUCCGGGCAUGACCAUCAAGAGUGCUAUAUAAAAUAUUAUAAUUGUAUAUGUACACGCAUACAUAUGUUUUUACGUAUGUAAUGUAUGUAUCUCAAUGUACACAUGUACAGGUGCACAAGAGAUAAGAAGAGUCACAUAUAGAAAAGACAAAUUAUUUAGUAUUUCAAAUUUACAACGUUUUUAUUAGUACAAGUGCGGUAGAAUAUAUGACAAAAUAGUUUAUAAGCAGUAGUAUAUACAUACAUACAUCGUAUUAGCGAAACAAAUUUAUAAUUGAUGCUUAGAGAGAUGCAAAAUAUGUACUUUGUGAUGCCAAAUAUUAAUAUGUACAUUUAAGCAGUUAUAAUUGCAUAGCCUCGAUGUAUAUACAAAAUAUUGACCUCUCUAUCGUCCUUAUCAUUACAAAGGGCCUAAAGUGGUAAUUUCGUAAACAAUUUUAAAAUUGAAAUUAAAUUAAGUUGAUAUUUAAUUAGUGGAAGCCUUGCCAGUCCACCCUUUAAAAAAAUAUGCCAAAAAGCUGCAACUAACCCUAAGUAUGGCUACGGUGACCAUCCGUUUUUCAAAGGUCGAUCCUGCGUACUUUUUCAAACCUGAAAACCUGAAAAUGUACUGAUUUUUUCCAAGUGUCCUGCAUUUGGCCCGCAUUUUAUUCGUUAU